UGAACUUUUACCUCAACACACACACACACACACGCACAGACGCACGCGCGCAUACACAAGCGCGCGCGCACACACACACACACACACACACACACAUCCUGACACAGUCCCUCAGCGGCAACACGGUGCGCACGCUGCUCCCCAGCUGGAUGCAUUAUUUUUCUUCUUCUUGCUGUGGAUUUACUUUUAAAAAAGUUUCAGGGAUGAACUGAAGAGAUUCUGACAAUGAGACUGAGAGAGAUAUAAGUACAUAAAAAAAAAAAAAAAAAAAAAAAAAAACAGUUACUGCAGAAGAAGUCAGUAUUUCAAGACUGUUCCACAAUAUUAUUGGAGUUCGCGGUAUUUGGAUUUUUGGAUAUUUUCUCCUGAAUAUCGUAUCGGAUCCUGAUUUUUUUAAAAGAUAUUUUUAAACGAAAUUUUGUAUCAUCUAAUUUUUUUUCUUUGGGAUGUUGAGUUCCGUGAAAAUGGAAAGUCAUGAAAUACCGGAGUGGAGCGGAUUUUACAGCGAGGCUAGUGAGAUGUAUUCCUCUGCAAGUGCCAUGAAUUCUGUGAGUAGCCUGAACAGUUACAUCAACCUGAACCCAGCUGGCUCGAGCACCAGCAUGAACAUGGGAUACGGAAACCCGGGUCUGAAUGCCAUGGGAGGAGCAGCCAAUCACAUGAACCUGGGCACCUCUUUAAACACAAGCUCAUUAACCCAAUUAAGCCCUUCAGCUUCAUCCUUGGCUCCACUUUCUCACUACCAGAGCAUGAAUCAGCCGAUCUCUCAGCUCAGUUAUCCAUCUCCACCAGCACUGAACCGUGCUAAAGAAGUGCCCAAACCAUAUCGCCGCUCUUUGACCCAUGCCAAACCGCCAUACUCAUAUAUCUCACUGAUCACAAUGGCAAUCCAACAGUCAAGCAACAAGAUGCUAACUCUGAAUGAGAUCUACCAGUGGAUCAUGGAUCUGUUCCCAUACUACCGUGAGAACCAACAGCGCUGGCAGAAUUCAAUCCGCCACUCGCUCUCUUUCAAUGACUGCUUCGUUAAAGUUGCACGUUCACCUGAUAAGCCUGGGAAAGGCUCUUACUGGGCGCUGCAUCCCAACUCAGGCAACAUGUUCGAGAAUGGAUGCUACCUGAGGCGCCAGAAGCGCUUCAAAAUUGAAGACAAGCCAGGGAAAAAGGGAGGGGGAAAGUCUCAGGAUGGCGUGAACUCUAAACAUGGGAACAGCGAAGGUGUGCAGGAGGAGCGAAGCCCUGCUACAGGUUCAUCUGACGGUGCUGAUUCUGCCCAAUCUGAUGUUUCUCAUCCAGGCUCUGCAUCUGAAGAGCAGCAAAUGAGUCUAGCACCACUUGAGGGUCCACCUCAAAGUGUUAUUCCAUCCUCAAUGCCGCCUUCUGGAUCGCAUCUGCACUCCGAGGGCAUGAACACGAGUCCUCAUCUGCUCUCCAAUCCAAUCCAGCAUCAUCACCUUGAUUUGCAGAAUGACCCGCUCAAGUCCAUGGACCCGCAGUACAACUUCAACCACCCAUUUUCCAUCACAAACCUCAUGUCUAACGAGCAGAAAAUGGAGCUCAAGUCAUAUCAGGAUCAUGUCAUGGCCUACAACGGCUACGCUACUUCCUCACCCGUAGCCGCCAAACAGAUCUAUGAUAGCGCUGGUCCCUCAAGCAUCGAUUCAGGUGGCUAUUACCAGACCCUCUACAGCAGGUCUGUGCUUAAUGCGUCCUAGAGAGGUGUUUUUCAUAGAUUUUUGUUGGACGAAUUAAGUUGUAAGAAAACCUUUGAUUGGUAGCAAACCGCUAACACAAUGGAAACAGGACUUUUAUUUUUCUGUCUCUGGCUACAUUUGUUGAAAUUCAUAGGAGUGUCAUUGCAUUCGGUAAAAGCAGAGUCUGUAUAUAUAUAUAUAUAUAUAUAUUUUUUUUUUUUUUUACAAAUUACAGUGCUUACCAUGCCCCUCACCCUAAACUUAACCUUUCUAAGUUUCCACACUAGUUGGACUGUAAAGACAACUUGUGAAAGCAGAUUUUAUAAACUCCUCAAACCCCUUAGUCAAAGGUAGUCAAUCAGCCAAGACAUGUUUGGGGUCUGAUGUCUGCGUUGUUAUUUUUGCAUUGGAGCUACAGGUCUAACAAAGCUAACAGUUAAGGGAAGCUUAUAGCCUCCAGUUUAGCAGCAUACAAACUGCAUGUUGUGUCUUUUUCUUCCUCAGCACAUAGUUGGAUAUCACUCCACAUGAGCAUCCGACUCUGGUGGGAGGUAUUGGCUAUAGUUUGAAGGCGAUAUUAUAUGUUAGAAGUUAUAUAAUUCAAGUUAUUUGUAUAUUUAAUGUUUUAAUACAGAAUUAGUCUGUCUCUUUUUUUUUAUUUUUUAAAUGUUUACGUACAAAUGGUGUUACUGAGCCAAACAAGGUCUAUUAAGGUGAGUGCUAAACUGGUACCUCCGUUAGUAACAUUAAAGUCUUGGCUGAACAACUAUAUUUGUAGUAAGGGGAUAACUGUACAUUACAUUCUUGACCAAAUUGUACAUUUAACAGCCUUACUGACUUGGGGUGAACAUACAGAAACUGGUAUACCAAUAACACACACCUUCACACAUAGGCCAGUCUGACGAACCUACACACAAAAAAUCGAUUUUAUUGAACCUUUGGCCUUUUUAAUGUCAGAGCCUUUUGCUAAACAGGAGGAUGAGAUACAAACGCAAAAUGUGUAUAUACACUGUCUGUGGCGUAAGGGGAAAAGCCAUUUAUUUAUGAAGGGAAGAAAAUUAAUAUAUCUUAUUUUUCUUUUUUUGUGUUUUGGGAUUAUUAUGGGUGUAUAUUUGUGUGUGUGUGUGUGUGUGUGUGUGUGUGUGUGUUGAAGUAACUAUGUUGCUACAGUACAGUCUCAUGUUACAGCAUAGCGUGGCGUUCCUGUUAGUUUGUAUUGCUUCAUGUAUAAUGAAAUUUUUUUUUUAAUUAUGCCAAAAAUUUUUUAAGUCUAUGCCUUUAAACAAACUGUGGUAAACAUUUUGGCUCAAAGCCCUUUUUUUAGUAAUUAAACUCAGUCUUAAUAAUAAGGAAAAAAUGGUUCUGUUAUCAUUUGUAUGCCACAGCAAAGAUGUUUAUAUUGAAAAUAGUUACAAAGUACUAGGCAUGUGCCGAUACUACAUUUUAAUUUGAAAAUAAUCUCCUGUCCUUGUAUCCAAAUUUGUAAUAUUCUCAGUAAUGGGUCUUAUUUAUUAAGCUGAAUAUGAGUUAAUUUAUUGGUAAAUUGUUUGUAGGAGCAUUUACACAACAAUGUGGUAUUCAUGAAAAUCCAGUUUGUUUGAAAAACUAAAAUGUGUGUAAUUUCAUAUUAAUAAAGAUGUGUGUAAUUUCAUAUUAAUAAAGAAAGCUAAACAAAUUGAAUCGGUAACCUAGGUUAACCUAGACUAAUCUAGGCAUUAGUCUAUUAACACAAAAUAAAUGGCAUUCUUUAAAAGGAGCAACCAUUAAUCUGUAGUCUGUGCCUAUGUUAGUCAAUGCGCUGCAGUGGCUGAGCUGCUUUACUGGAAGAUUUAAUGUACACAAUACAAGACCAUUUAAUCGUAGUUUUGUGGGCAUCGCUAGACAUGUGUCUGCUGUGUCAUAAAUGCACUCGAUACUUUACAGGUUAUUGGCAUUUAUCAACAUAUGCAUGUAAGUAUAAAGUUAUUCAGGGUUAUUAAAUUAAACUAAAAAUCUGGUGGGAAUUUUCGGUUCGGUUUGACCUAUGAAAAAAAUUAACAAAUCGUUAUCAAAAAAUUAAUAAACAAGGCCCACUGUCUCUAAAAAUGUCUGUUGGUAAUCCACUAUUUAGUAUUCAGCUUCAUCAUAACAAAUUGUGCAUGUAAUAUUCAUUGGCUUGCUAGCUGCUCAGCUCAAACACGCUGAACAUUUAAUUUAAAUUAGCUUAUGUAACAAGGUUUACUAACAUCACUGACUAACUAAUGCCAGCUACACAUACAGCUUGUCAGCUCAUGUUACGUUUGGUAGCUAGAUACAACUAUGGUGAGCAAUGUCUUGUGAUUUUCCAACACAAGUAUAGCUGCUAAUUCCAACAGGAAAGAAAAUUUAAACAUGUUAUUUGAGACAGAAAACUCCCAACUGUAAAGAUAUUUCUCACUUGGAGACUAGUCUCAUAGCUAGCAAGAUAAAAGUAAGCUAAAUAUCUAAAUAUAACCAUAGGAAUUACUUCUUUCAAUCUAUGAAAACAAGUAUUUUUAAGUGUCAGUGCAUACAAGGUCGUGCCUGAAUAUCAUUUCGUAUAACUGAUUAUCAGCACAUGCUUGCAAAGAGCGGUGAAGUUCAUUUACACACAGUACUUUGCACUAGUGACCCCCUUUUUUAAAUGAUGGGGCACAGUCAAUUUGUUACAACAUAGCCUUGUAACUACUUUAUUUUACACAAAAGAGGCAAAUCAAAUUGAUGACAUCAUGCUAACGUGUCACUUGUUGAUCAUUCCAGACUUUUGACAAGUUUUUCUUUCCUGUUGUGUCAGAAUAAGUGGUUUGGAGUGAGAGAAAAAAAACCCAUUUCAGGUCAGAAAUGUGUUAAUGUUGUGUUAUUGUUUAUUUAAACUCUUUGCUUUAAGUCUUCAAAGAGAAAUGCAUUAAUAUAUGUGUAUAUAUUAUAUAUAUUGGUACAAAAAGGUUGUUAUAUAGUGUGUUUGUCAUGUUCUUUUCUUAUUAAAAAACAAAGCUUGGGG